CUUUGUGACGGGGCCGAAGCGUCCGCCGCGACCCUUCCUCCACAUUACCUCUUGAACUUCAACUCCCACAAAUAUCGUCUGUGAAAAAUGACGGCCACGCCUACUUCACGAAUCUGUUCUACACACAUGUCACAAGUACUCUGUACAGAAUGAAAGGGUCAAAAUAACCGCAGAUUCAGCUGUCAGCUACUGUCAUUCAAUCAUUGUCAAGUUUACAGAAUGAAGCAAACGUCUCAUUGUCUCUUGUGUGGACUGUACAUGCAGAAGAACUGCAUGUAGCAUUUUAACUCCAUUCAUUUCAUUGUCGAACACCCUCACUCGCAUUUCCAUGUAAUGUUUAACACCAGAUUGAAACAAUGAGGAAAACACGGACAGAGAGAUAGGGCCGGCAGAACAAGCUGGCUCACUAACUACCAGAGGUCUUCUGAUUUUGAGGACUUUUUAGCUGCAUACGUAGUCACAGCUAUUCCCUCGUUUUACCACCUCAUGUCUAUGGAAUAUUGACUCCUCUUCACACUGUUCAAAAGAUAUACAGAUGGUCGUUGCACACAAGAGCAGAUAACCCCACUGUUGAUCCGAAAGUCAAUAUAUACACCUACACAGACACGACACAUAAUGGUGGACAACGAUUCUCCAUCUGGUGGUGACCAGGUUCAGGGAGAUGAAGAGGAGGCCAAGCAAGAACUGAAGGAGCCUGUCACUGGAAGUCAGGAGAAGGGGCUUCCAGAUGUGGCUUCCCCCGUGACUGAGCCCCUCUCCCCCCAGUCUGGCACAAAGGCUGGCACACUACAGUUGUCUGUGUUGUUCCUGUGUUUCUAUGGCUUUAUGGUGCAGCUGAAGCCCGGAGAGCCCUUCAUUACUCCUUACCUGCUGAGUUCUGAGAAGAACUUCACCAUGCAGCAGGUGACCAAUGAGAUCACCCCACUGUUGUCCUACUCGUACAUGGUGGUUCUGGUCCCUGUGUUCCUCCUGACUGACUAUCUUCGCUACAAGCCCGUCCUGAUCCUCCAGAGCCUCAGCCACGUCUCCAUCUGGCUCCUCCUUCUCCUGGGCUCCUCGUUGCUGGAGAUGCAGCUCAUGGAGUUCUUCUAUGGCAUCACAAUGGCCGCUCGCGUGGCCUACUCCUCUUAUAUCUUCUCCCUGGUCACCCCGGAGCUGUACCAGCGGGUGGCCAGCUUCUCCCGCUCCUCCGUGCUAAUGGGGGUGUUCACCAGCUCUGUGCUAGGCCAAAUGUGCUUCUCCCUCGGGGAGGUGUCCUACUCCACCCUCAGCCAGGUCUCUCUGGGCUUCGUCAGCUUCGGCCUGGUCCUCUCCACCUGCCUCCCCUGGCCCAAGAGGUCCAUGUUCUUCAACCGAGCCCACCGCAAGGCCCAGAGAGAGCUGGCUGAGGCCACCCAGGCAGAGCUGACUAAGAUGAAGCUGGAUGGAGGAAUAGGAGAGACGGGGACUGCAGCCCCUGAGGGACCCACCGCUCCUAACAGCAGAGAUUCCACCUCAUGGAAGGAUUCUGUGUUCAUCCAGAUGCUGAAAGAGGUGAGAAACCUGGUGCGGCGGCCCAGUCUGAGACUGUGGAGUCUGUGGUGGGUGUUCAACUCCACUGGAUACUACCUGGUCAUCUUCUAUGUCCACAUCCUGUGGAACAAGGUCUACCCUGCCACCGAAAACAAGAAUGUGUACAAUGGAGGAGUGGAGGCCGCAUCCACACUCCUGGGUGCAAUAGCAUCGUUUGCGGCAGGAUUCGUGAAGAUCCGCUGGACGGUGUGGUCAGAGCUGGUGAUUGGUGUGAUCACGGCGCUCCAGGCCAGCCUGCUGCUUCUUAUGGGGACCACAGACAACAUCUGGGUCUGCUACGUGGCCUACUCCCUCUUCAAGGGGUUCUACCAGUUCCUGGUACCCAUCGCCAUAUUCCAGAUCGCCUCGUCCAUGACGAAGGAGCUGUGUGCUCUUGUGUUCGGCAUUAACACGUUCAUGGCGACUAUCCUUAAGUCAAUCAUCACCCUCAUAGUGGCAGACAAGAGCGGCCUGGGCCUACCAGUGCACUCUCAGUUCCUGCUUUACUUCUGCUACUUCGCUCUUCUGACCGUCAUCUACUUAUCCUGCGCUGCCUGGGUCAUCUUCCGACACUACAGGAGCCAAUCAGGAAGAGAGGAAGGGACCACAGACCAGGCCACACCCACUGAACUCAGCCCUGUGGUAAUGGACCAAUCAGAGGCAGAACCUCUCUCUAAUGGGAAGAAUGGGGAUGUCUGAGAAAAGCUCAACAGGAAAAGGUCCUCACAAUAUACUGUUAUUCAUUUCCUGCCACGAUAAACAUCCAUAGAUGGGGAGAACGUUCUCCUCAGAGGAUGAAAAACACUGGAGGUUGGCAGUCAUUUAGGAUGUUUUGAGAAAGUAAAUCCCAUGUAGAGGAAAGGACAAACAACAGAGUUAAAUGUGCUGUUGAGGAAUUCUCAUCUGUCUGUAUAGUAAUCAGUGCCUUGGACCUGUUGUGAACACUUGGACCAAGUGUUCACGCUGCAAAUCCUCUGAAAUUGAUUGGAAAAUGUGUAAUGUCACUGCCUAGUCUUUCACUAGUUAGUGAUUUUUUUUAAUGAAUGCAAUCCACUUAAGUAUGUUGUUCUUUUGGAAUUGACAAUUUAUCAAAUCACUGGUUUACAGGGACCAAUCUGAAACAGUCAGUGAAGUUGGUCUGACAUUAGAUUUCUGGAUUCAUUUUCCCAGGAGUUUUAUUUUAUUCAUAAUUGCCUGUUUUUGAAUCGUAAAAAUUAGCAUGAUGUACUAAACCUCAAUUAUUUUUGGGACAGCCUGCUGUGUACUACUCUUUCAGGCUACUUAAAUGUUGAGAAUGCUGUACAUUGUGUUAUCACGGUGUCGCUCUUCAGUACUGUGUCCCCCCUCACUUCCCCUCACUGGGUUCUAUCUCAGGUGAUCACACUUUACAUGGCCCCAGGGGUUACAUUUUAACUGAGGAGUGAGUUUAACCAAUGAAUGUUGGUUUAACCAAUGAAUGUUGGUUUAUAGCUUAUAAUGAGUUUUCUCAUUGAAGGUUCAUGAUUGCUAUGUGAUCAAUAGGUUUGGCUUAUGAAAAAGCAUGACGCCAUAUAGGCUUUGAUGAUUGCGCUGCUGAAUCUCCCUGAGAUGUUGAAUGAGUUUACACUCCGUCAUUCUGUUCAUCCUGAUCCAUUAACGGUCCUGGCGGUUCUAAUCAUUCAAGGAUUAAAGCUCCACUACUUCAACAGUCGUUGAAACCUAUUUUCCAUUGUGAAUACAAAGUGGAGUACAGUCUAACAUUAUAACUCAAAGUAUUACGUCUAUUAUUAAGUAUUUUUUAACACGUUUUUCAUCAUAGUCAAGUUACUGGAGUAAAAAAAACAUGGCUUAUGUUGCUAUGAAAUUCAGAUUCAUUUUUCUUUGUGCUGUUCUCCUGGUGGGUUCUCAGGAGAUGCAUUGUUUUGAAUGAGCAUGGAUAGAUGGUUGCUUUAGCAGUUGUGAACAAACUCACAGAACAAGCAGUUCUGUGAUCCAAAGGAAUGGCUUAGCUGGAGCCAUAUUAACCAUUUUAAUAGGAAAUUGUUUGAUCUAUUUUAUCACAGUUUUAUCAAUUGAAUUCAAGUAGAUCAGACAUUUUGACAACAUUCUCACACCAAAACUAUAUUUUCCUCUGGUGUCACAUGCAUGCUGUAACUGUAACUUUUAGUGAAUGGUAUUUCAAAUGGAGCACCUACUAACCCUAGGAAUAUAUGCAGUUGGUUAUGGAGUAGAAAACAAUUUUUUGGACAUAAUUUAAAUGUUACUUAAAUAAUUUUUAAAUAUCCCUGGCCUAUUAUUAUGGCAAGUUACUAUUAUGUAUGAAAGUACAGACUGUUAUCUUUGUUUUUUUAAAACACUAUGUAUGAGAUAUUUGUACUGAUUGAAAUCAAUGCAGAAUUAACAUGUUUAGAUACUGUGAAAAUAUUUGUUGCUGUAAAAUAAAUUUACACUGAAUACUUUUGAGCACAUUGCUGAAAUAUUGUUUUGAUUCACAAAUAAAUCCGUUGAAUUGAAGUUUGUGUGUUAAUUCUGUCUCAUACAUUUAUACAGAAAAAAUGACUUGGUGAACAAACAAUGAAUCAUUAACCAGUGG